AUGUUCCUAGUAUACGGUGGAAUUCUGGGAAUGUUUACAGGGAUCUUUGGAGCUCUGCUUUCUGUCGUGACAGUGGACAUAGUGGGAAAGGCUAAUCUUAACAUGGCGUUCGGCACGCUGUCUUUCUUUCACGGGAUCACAUUUACAUUAGGAACGCCCAUCGCAGGUUGGAUAGCGGAUGAGAGCGGGGGUUAUGAGGAAGGAUUAUAUUUCGCCGCUGUUGUGUUUGCUACCGGAAGUUUAAUUUCAUUCUGCAUCUACAUCCGGCAGAGCCGUCAUGCUCGAUCUUUGAAGAGCUUGGUCAUCCAAAGAUCGAUCCAAAAUGGUAUACGCCUUAAAAGUGAAAAGUCGCGUCCAUUUGUCUCUUCCAUGGCAAUAAAUUUCAGGAAAGGAAUGAUCAGACGACUCUCUGUACUUAGCGAAAAUAUUGGGAACGCGCUCCCAUAA